CCCGAGUCGCCCCCUCUCCUCCCCCCGCCCCCCCAGCUCCAUCCUCUGCCACCGCCCGAGCAGCUGCGGGGCCGCCGCCGCCUUUGCAGGCUGAGUCAUCACUAGAGAGUGGGAAGGGCGGCAGCAGCAGCAGCAGCAUCAUCAUCAUCAUCAUCAUCAUCCAAACUCUAAAGCUGAUACUGCAAAGUACCUUUUCUCCACGUUGGGGGCUCAGAGGGGAGCCAUCAUGAGCGAUGUAACCAUUGUGAAAGAAGGUUGGGUUCAGAAGAGGGGAGAAUAUAUAAAAAACUGGAGGCCAAGAUACUUCCUUUUGAAGACAGAUGGCUCAUUCAUAGGAUAUAAAGAGAAACCUCAAGAUGUGGAUUUACCAUAUCCCCUCAACAACUUUUCAGUGGCAAAAUGCCAGUUAAUGAAAACAGAACGACCAAAGCCAAACACAUUUAUCAUCAGAUGUCUGCAGUGGACCACUGUCAUAGAGAGAACAUUUCAUGUAGAUACUCCAGAGGAAAGGGAGGAAUGGACAGAAGCUAUCCAAGCUGUAGCAGACAGAUUGCAGAGGCAAGAGGAAGAGAGGAUGAAUUGUAGCCCAACUUCGCAGAUUGAUAAUAUAGGAGAGGAAGAGAUGGAUGCUUCUACAACCCAUCAUAAAAGAAAGACAAUGAAUGACUUUGACUAUUUGAAACUACUAGGUAAAGGAACUUUUGGGAAAGUUAUUUUGGUUCGAGAGAAGGCAAGUGGUAAAUAUUAUGCUAUGAAGAUUCUGAAGAAAGAAGUCAUUAUUGCAAAGGAUGAAGUGGCUCACACUCUAACUGAGAGCAGAGUUUUAAAGAACACUAGGCAUCCGUUUUUAACAUCCUUGAAAUAUUCCUUCCAGACAAAAGACCGUUUGUGUUUUGUGAUGGAAUAUGUUAAUGGGGGAGAGCUGUUUUUCCAUUUGUCGAGAGAGCGGGUGUUCUCUGAGGACCGCACACGUUUCUAUGGCGCAGAAAUUGUCUCUGCCUUGGACUAUCUACAUUCUGGAAAGAUUGUGUACCGUGAUCUCAAGUUGGAGAAUUUGAUGCUGGAUAAGGAUGGCCAUAUAAAAAUCACAGAUUUUGGACUUUGCAAAGAAGGGAUCACAGAUGCAGCCACCAUGAAGACAUUCUGUGGCACCCCAGAGUACCUGGCACCAGAGGUAUUGGAAGAUAAUGACUAUGGCCGAGCAGUGGACUGGUGGGGCCUGGGGGUUGUCAUGUAUGAAAUGAUGUGUGGGAGGUUGCCUUUCUACAACCAGGAUCACGAGAAGCUCUUUGAACUAAUACUAAUGGAAGACAUUAAAUUUCCUCGAACACUCUCUUCAGAUGCAAAAUCAUUGCUUUCAGGGCUCUUGAUAAAGGAUCCAAAUAAACGCCUUGGUGGAGGACCAGAUGAUGCAAAAGAAAUCAUGAGACACAGUUUCUUCUCUGGAGUAAACUGGCAAGAUGUGUAUGAUAAAAAGCUUGUACCUCCUUUUAAGCCUCAAGUAACAUCUGAGACAGACACCAGAUAUUUUGAUGAAGAAUUCACUGCUCAGACUAUUACAAUAACACCACCUGAAAAAUAUGAUGAAGAUGGCAUGGACUGCAUGGACAACGAGCGGCGGCCACACUUCCCUCAGUUCUCCUACUCUGCGAGUGGACGAGAAUAAGUCUCAUUCUGUUGCUUCACUGUCAUCUUAGAUUUAUUACUGAGAACGAUUUCUGGACAUCACCACCAGUCCUCGCUCUUACAGAUAGCAGGGGCACCUUCCAACAUCCCUGACCAGCCAAGGGUCUUCACCCCCACCGCCUUUCACCCACAUGAAAACACAUAUACACAAGCACUCCAGUUUUGUUUUUGCAUGAAAUUGUAUCUCAGUCUAAGGUCUCAUGCUGUUGCUGCUGCUGUCUUACUAUCCUAGCAACUUAAGAAGCACGUCUACAGUCUUGGGAGUCAUGGCCCGUCACUGUCCGUGUGCAUCACUGUCAUCUUUUGAUCUUUCAGUUUUCGUUGUUCCCUAGCAGUGAAGGCUAAAUGAGAUACACUGAUUCUAGGUACAUUUUGUAACUUUCUAGAAGAUAAAUCAAGAACUAAUUAGACUAAGAUUUAGUUUAUAUUUCUGAACAAGCAAUUGUGGAAGGGUGGUGAUGUGUAUUCAGAAGUUUAGCAGUGCACAUCUGAUCAGUGCACGAAGUAGGUGCGAGUCACUGAGAUUUGGCUGGAAUUCAUUAGGAAGCGUUGAGAUAGAACUGAAGGGCUGAUGAGAUACAUGUGCUUUUCAUUCCUGCUGGAUAAUGUAGAGGAAGCCCAGCGUCACCUGUGGAUACCUCGCCCCGACUUCACAGGCAAAUGGACAUUGUUCUACCAAGAACUCAAGGUGCACGCGCAGUCACCUAGAGGGUCUUAUGAUACACUUGGUACCAGAGAGUGUUUUCCUCCGGGCUUGGCAACCAUUUCCCCUUCUUGAUAUUUAUCACCUCUGAUGGCUGAAGAAUGUAGACAGUAUAAUGAUCCUGCUGUCACCAAAAUCUAUACACCAAGGUGAACAGGUGUUUGCCUUAUCAGUUUUAAAGAUUUUACUUUCAGUUACAGGUGAAUUAGCUUUUCUCAGACGUUAAAACUUUGAAUGUCCUUUUAUGAUUUUGUUUAUAUUGCAGUAGUAUUUAUUUUUUAGUGAUGAGAAUUGUAUGUCAUGUUAGCAAACACAGCUCCAACUCACAAGAAAUUGACUGCAGUUUCUUUUGACCCAUGUGCAAGGAAUGUACAUGCCCAUUUAGAAUCAUGCACUUUUUCUCCUAUGUAAAAAAAAUUGAUAAGGUUCUGAAAUUAUAUCUAUUGGUUCGAAUCUGGAUUUGGGAGAAGAGAUGCUGUAAUUUAACCUCUUGGUGCUGAAAUGAGAAAAUCCCCAACUACCUGUGUCAAGGGGUUGGUGGAUCAAAUGGAUGUUGAUGGUUUGCUCACUUGAGAAUCGAAGUGUGAGGAUGGCCUGGCAUAAAGUAAUGAAGAAAGCCAAGACCUAAAUGAUGAGAGAAAUGAACUUGGCAAAUGAACACAUCACAAAUAUUUACACAGUAGGCAGAAAAGGAUAAGACCUGGUGUGUUUAUUCUGAUCAAGGUACAUUCAUCACUGAAUGAAGCCAUCAGGGAAAACAACAAAACAAAACCAAGCACCUCUAGCUUUUCUUUUUCUGUACAUACUCAUGUCUCCCAAUCCCAACAUUUCUCACUGAGAGGGGACAUGUAUGCAAACCUCAUCUUUCUCCUUCAUUCAUGAUGAUCUUCAGAUUAUACCCUUUGGUGCUAGGAGCUGACAUUUUCCAAAGCAGGCUAUGAAGUCCAAGGAGCAAAGCCUUUCUUGCAGCAAGCAGGAGGGCCCCUGCUCCAAGGAGUGAUCAUGGAAAUGUAUUCUAGUUACUGACAGCUCCCAAAUGGAAGACUACAGCAUGACAUAGUAUUAUUGCAUAGUCUGAAAGAGCAGGCAACUUCUGAGUAGGAAGAACCAUAUUCUCAUGCAGAUGUCUUAGCCUCUUGGCACAGAAAGUGUGGAUUUCUAGCUUUGGAGCCACUGCUGGCAGUGGGCCGGCCACUGGGACUGACUGGGUUAAAGGGCAUUUAACUAAGGCAGCUAAGGCAUAUUCAGACAUAGAUUUUAUCCUAUUUUUUAUGUUUCUACCUGAGAAAGUUCAUCCUUAGUAUUAAGUAGGAAGUUAACGGAAAUGGAAGUUAAUUCUUAAUAUCUGUAGCCUUUUCUCCCACCUGGAAUUAUGCCGAAAGUUUCACAUUGACAAGAAAGUAGACUAGAAGGCAUGUCCUUUAAGUUGUCUUGCGUCCGUUCUGAAAGAAAUGUGAGAGGAAGAAAAGCAAGCUGAGCCUGGCUGAUGUUCAGAGCAUUUAUCCCUCAGAGGGAGCAGACACUGUACACUAAGCACACAGCUUCUGUCUGUCAUUCUCCCCAAGUCUUAAGGUGAUUUCCUGACCUUGGCCAAGGGUACUUCGUAGAGAUUAUGAGGGGGUGCUGACAGUGCUG